AUGGAAAAAGAAGAAGAACAAGAUGAGAAGAGUACCGGGGAUGAUGAUGAUGAUAAGGAGGAUGAGGAUAUGGCUAAGGGGAAUUUUAUGGAUGCAAAUGAUAAAACACUAAAUGCUGGUGAUGAUGAUCGCGAGUUUCAGCAAAAUUUGGCUGGCGAGCAUCAUCAUCUAGAAUCAUCACCAUCACCGACUAAUGUGGAGAAUGAGGAGGAGGGGAAUGACGACGAUGUUGAUGAGGAGCGGGUGGAGUUUGCUGAUGAUUUCGACGGUUGCGAAGAUGUACACGUCAGAUUCAGAUUGCUUCUUGAUGAGGUUGAUCAAAUCCAUCAAAUGCUGGGAGACAUCGCUAGAGCUGACGAUGAUGGCUAUUAUUCGGACGAGGAUUGGUGUGUAGCACCACAUUAA